GGCGGCAUUUGCGCCGGUCCGGAGGAUUUAGCUCAGCCCUUCCUACGCUGCGUCAAAUCCUGUCCUUAGUUUAACCCCUUUGAACAAAAUCAGCCUGCUCUGAAAACGUAGCGAUCUCUUUUUUAAUUUAAAGCUCCAGCUUUUGCAAACAGCCCACAAAAGGUUCAUGACGUGCUUCUGCGGCGACUUGUGCGCCGUCAGGGCUUUUCCUCAGACGGGAAUGUCUCCCCGGGCAGGGUAGAGGAAAAGCCGGACAAGGAGGCUCCGACCUUGGCAUAAAUCCCAGGCAGCCUUUCCACCUUCUGCAAAAUGCCGAGUGCCCUGCACUGACCCCGGCUGCUCCGGCUCCCUGUGGGAGGAGGUGUGAUUGUGGUGCCUCCCCAGCAGCCAUGGAGUACAUCAGCACACGGGGAGGCACGGGGGCCGUGGACUUCGAGGGAGCCCUUUUCUCUGGCUAUGCCCCCGAUGGGGGUCUCUUCAUGCCCCAGCGCAUCCCCUCGCUGGACAGGGACACCCUGCGAAGGUGGAGCAGCCUCUCCUACCCUGAGCUGGUGAAGGAGCUGUGCUCCCUCUUCGUCCCGGCCGAGCUGGUCCCACGGAAUGUGCUCAGUGAGCUGAUCGACAAGGCCUUCAGCAGAUUCAGACACAAGAAUGUUGUGCAUCUGUCCAGGCUGAAAGAUGGGCUGAACAUUUUGGAGCUCUGGCAUGGUGUUACAUAUGCAUUUAAGGACUUGUCCUUGUCCUGCACAGGACAGUUUUUACAGUAUUUCUUGGAGAAAAGGCAGAAGCAUGUCAAUAUCCUGGUGGGGACUUCAGGGGACACGGGGAGCUCGGCCAUCGAGAGCGUGAGAGGGCAGAAGAACUUGGACAUCUUUGUUCUGCUGCCCAAGGGGCUCUGCACCCAGAUACAGGAGCUGCAGAUGACCACUGUCAUUGAAGACAACGUCCACGUCUUUGCUGCUCAUGGGAACAGCGAUGAAAUCGAUGAGCCCAUCAAGGAACUGUUUGCUGAUGUUGAUUUUGCUGGAAAAUACAACGUGAUGAGCUUGAAUUCUGUCAAUUGGUCCAGGAUUAUGGUGCAGAUUGCCCACUACUUCUAUGCCUACUUUCAGUGUGCCCCAUCCCUGGAUACCACCCAGCUGCCCAUGGUGGAAAUUGUUGUGCCAACGGGAGGAGGAGGAAAUAUCACGGCUGGCUGUAUUGCCCAGAAAAUGGGUCUCCCAAUUCGACUUGUUACUGUGGUGAACAGCAAUGACAUCAUUCACAGGACUGUUCAACAUGGAGAUUUCUCACUGGCAGAGAGCGUGAAGGCUACCUUAGCUUCAGCCAUGGAUAUCCAGGAGCCUUACAAUGUGGAGAGGAUCCUCUGGCUGCUCUCGGGCUCUGAUGGCCGCCUGAUAAAAACUCUGAUGGAGCAAUUCAACAUCUCAAAAAGGCUGAAGCUGCCAGAGGAUUUGCACAGAAAGCUCUCUGAGACCCUGGGAUCGUGCUCAGCCUCUGACCAGGACAUUGUGGGAGCCAUGCGGCGCUGCUGGGAGGAGAACCAGUACCUGCUGUGCCCCCACUCUGCCGUGGCUGCUCACUACCACUACUCACAGCCACACAGCAUCCCCCGGUGUUGCUUGGCUCCAGCCUCUGCAGCCAAAUUUCAGGAUGCCAUUCUCCGAGCUGGCCUGGCUCCCCAGAUCCCGCCUGAAAUCUCUGCCCUGACAGCAAUGGAGACCAGAUCCACUCCCCUGGAGCGGGGACAGGACUGGGCACAGGUGCUCCGGGGCCGGAUUGAAGCUGUGACACAGCAGUGGGAGGCACAGGCGGGUCACUCUGCACCCCAGGGCAGGUAGUCACACAGACAUGACCAGUCUCAGCUGGACAGUGUCCCAAGGCUCAUUCUCCUCUCCCAGAAAAGCCCUGUCUUAUGCUGGGAGUCUCCAUGCAAUGAUGUAUUAGCAAGAAUUCACUUCCCUGUCUAAUUGGACUAUCUCAUAACAUUUUCAGUAAAGAGUUCAGUUAUAUUGACAAUUUCAUAACAUUUUCAGUAAAGAGCACUGCAAUUGUAUCCCUUUUUCCUAAUAAAUCAUAAAACCUGAUUAAAACUCUGA